AGAGCAUGUUGUUAAUUCGACCACUUUCUCCACCAAAUAGAAAUCAGUUACGUAAACCAAAAUGAAGAUCUUUUUCAUCACUGCAUUUUCUCAAUUUCUGAUUUUCUUUUUCUUCUUCCUCUAAAUCUGACUCCAAACCUUCUAGAACCUUUCGCAACCUCAAUCAGUCGGAGAUGAGCAACGGGGAGCUUUUUAGCAUCGAACCUCUCGAGCUCAAGUUCCCCUUUGAGUUGAAGAAGCAGAUCUCGUGCGCUCUCCAAUUGUUCAAUAAGACCGAUAGCUAUGUAGCUUUCAAGGUGAAAACAACUAAUCCGAAGAAGUAUUGUGUUCGUCCAAACACAGGAAUUGUCUUGCCACGAUCAACAUGUGAUAUUAUGGUUGCCAUGCAGGCGCAAAAGGAAGCGCCACCUGAUAUGCAAUGCAAGGAUAAAUUUCUUCUUCAGUGUGUGAAAACUUUUGACGGUGCUUCUACAAAAGAUAUCAAUUCAGAAAUGUUCAACAAGGAGGCAGGGCAUUCGGUUGAGGAGUGUAAAUUGAGAGUGGUGUAUGUUUCUCCACCUCAACCACCAUCUCCAGUCCCAGAAGGUUCCGAGGAAGGGUCAUCGCCUAGAGGUUCUGUUUCAGAAAAUGGGAAUGUCAGUAGUGUUGACUUCACACAAGCAUCAAGAGGAUUUACUGAAAGAUCCGAUACUCAAGACAAAUAUGCAGAGGCAAGGGCUCUUAUCACAAGAUUGACUGAAGAAAAAAGUAAUGCAAUUCAACAGAACAACAAGUUCCAUCAGGAACCGAGAGGGGCGCGAGCUCGUGCACAUACAAACACAUGCAUUAAUUCUUUCAAACUUAGCUUUGCGCUCAAGAAAACAUUUAUUUUGGUGAUUUUACUAAUUGUAGGAUCUUCUGAAGCGUGAAGGCAAUAAAAAUCGCAGUGGAGUCUCCUUUGUCAUUAUUGUAUUAAUUGGCUUACUUGGCAUGACUAUGGGGUAUCUCAUGAGGAAGACCUAAUCAGUUCUGCAAUUUGAUCUCUCUUUCUUCUUACUCCAUUUUUGUUUCUAUUUUUUGGUCUCGGAUGGAUAGCAUUCUGAAAGUAGAAAACAUUGGGGAAUGUCAUAGGUAUGAGAUUGCCCUUAUUUGGGACUUGGCUCAUACUUUCGGUACAUGAAUUCCUUUCAUAACUUAAAGAGGGGAACUUUAUUUGUUAUUUCUCUUGUUUAUCUGGUGGCUCUUGGGUAAAGUCGAAGUUGUAAAAAAAAUGAUGAUAAGAGGCUCCUUUUCUUAUCUUUCCAUGUUAAAAAUGUCCUUAGUACGUUACUUAUGACAGUGUUCUUUGUUUCUUUCGUAAUCCCCUUUUAUGUAUGUGUGUGUGUAUGUAUAUACAUAUUGAUAGUUUCUCUCAAAUAAGAAAAGCUCACAAAAAGGCUACAGGUACUCUUGAAGGGUGUAUAAAUCUCAUCCUUUCGUGACUCAUCAGAUAUAUGUUACUCUG